UAGAACACCUCACCUAUAAAUUUUCAUUACAACCUCUUUCCCUCUUAGGUCGUCUUCUCGGCUACGUCAGUUCGUUUCUCGCGACAUCAGAAGGGGGUAAAGCGACUGAGCCAUGGUUCACGUCAAUUUCUACAGAAACUAUGGCAAGACCUUCAAGAAGCCUCGUCGUCCAUACGAGAAGGAACGUUUGGACGCUGAGUUGAAGCUCGUUGGAGAGUACGGGCUCCGAUGUAAGAGGGAGUUGUGGAGGGUUCAGUAUGCUCUAAGCCGUAUCCGUAAUGCUGCGAGAGAGCUUCUCACUCUUGAUGAAAAGAACCCACGUCGGAUCUUUGAGGGUGAAGCCCUUCUUCGUAGGAUGAACAGGUAUGGGGUUCUGGACGAGAGCCAGAACAAGCUUGAUUAUGUAUUGGCGCUGACUGUGGAAAACUUCCUUGAGCGCCGUCUCCAGACUCUUGUGUUCAAGUCGGGUAUGGCCAAGUCAAUCCACCACGCUAGAGUGCUUAUCAGGCAGAGGCAUAUCAGGGUCGGAAGGCAGGUUGUCAACAUUCCCUCUUUCAUGGUAAGGGUCGACUCUCAGAAGCAUAUUGAUUUCUCACUCACUAGUCCUCUUGGAGGUGGACGCCCAGGAAGAGUGAAGCGAAAGAACAUGAAGGCAGCUGCCAAGAAGGCUACCGGUGGGGAUGGAGAGGAAGAGGAUGAGGAUUGAACCUUAGUUUGAACACAUUUUAUUGAUGACAAUAGAAAUCUAGGUCUCCAGUUAUUUGUUCGCAAUCGCACUUUUAGUUGUUAAAACUCCCUAUUGAGGUUUGUAGUAAGUCGUUUUUUACUCUUUUUGAAGAAUUGAGUUUCUUAUUGUAGCACUCGGAAUGCGCAUCUAUCAUCCAUGUAACUAUUACCAA